UCCCUGACAAGUAUGCAGACGACGAAGCUGUCUCGACCUGACGGGAAAAUUGGCAAUUGUUGGGUGUGAGCAUGUGUUUGUGUCUGGCCUCAGCGUCGUAGUGUCCAGUAGGCGGGAGGAGCGUGGCGGCAGCCUCCACCCCAUGACCCAGCCCAGCAUACACCUCACCCGCCUUGCUUCUAGCUAUGGCCGCUUGUCGCAGGAAGGUUGAGGUGUUAGUGGUACUUUUACUAACGCUGGUACCACGUCCAGGGCCGCUGGAACCACGUCCACCUUGCACCCGGGACAAGGCAGCGCUUGUCAGAAAGCUUGUCAACAAGCGGUGGGUGCCAGUGCUGGAGAAAUAUGGCGUUACACUUCCCCUGGAGUGCCCACUACACAGUGCACGGGAUGUAUUUGCACAGCAGGAGGCUGCUAAGGUGUAUGUAUCACCACAGUGGACUUGUGGCCUCUGUGGAAAGUCCUUUUAUCAUGAGGCCCACCUUGAUCGCCACCUCGACAACCGGCAUGAAGAUUACCUCAAUAAUGGAGAGGACUCGGUGUGCUUAGCAGAUUUCUGUGAUGUGAUGCGGUGUGAGGUGCUGCUGGAGAGGCUGCGUGACUUUGAUGAUUCUCCACCUUCAGCCACUGCUCUUGACUUGUGGCACCAGCCACUGCUACUGUCUUCCCCCUCUAUGCACCAGACACAGACACACUCAGAUCAAGCCGUGGAGCGUGCUCUUCCCAGAAGUCUGAUGAGAUCAUCACAUGCAUCACAUCCAUGGUAUCAGUGGACUCGACAACCUCGCAUUCGUCACCAUGGCCCUCCUCGUCCUUCCACAACUAGUCCUCCCACGCCUGUAACAGCACCUGAUCUCUCAGGAGAACAGCAUGCAGAUGAGGAGAGGGCUGUGGUGAAUCCAGGAGGAUCAGCAGGCUGUGAAAAUGAGGAUGGAGAGUGCUCAUCAAUACCUGAAGACACUAACAAUGAGAGUGGGCAUGUGGCUGGUGGGCCUCGUGAGCUACCACUCCACCCUCUACAUUCCUGGCGUGACACUUGUAAUGAGGAGCAUCUGGCUGAGUUAAGAGUCAAGUGCCAGAAUCAGAAAGCGAGUGUCGAGAACUCUGCUUCAAUGAGGGUCCUCCAAUACCCAGAAGCUAAAGCGAUAGCCAUAUGGUACAGUGACUAUGAUGGCAGCUCUUAUCGCUCACUACAUUCCACAGAGGAAUCGUCGCGGCUAUCAUAUGCUCCAUAAGAUUAUGGCCCUGCUUCUAAGUACUAUAAUUCUGAUGAACGCAUGUUUAACUAUGCCACCACUUUUAUGCCCAACUAUGAACAACGUCGACUUAGACGUAAUCGAUAUAAUUACCUCGAUGACUACGAUGACUAUCAAGAUUUUCCCGAAUCCGACAAAUAUUACGACACAUCUAGUUUAAGUCGAGAGCACAGUGAUAGUUUUAUAUACGUUUCUUAUCCCCCGGAAGUGAAAAAAAAAUUUAAUGAAAACAGGUGAUGAAAUAAUUUUGCAAAUUUUAAAUUGACAAUGCAUUUAAAAUGGCAUUUGUUUACCAAUACUGUACUAGUUUACAAAAUGUGUAAUAAGUUCAGUAGCUAAGCCAAUACUUUGAAAUUUCCUUCAAACAAUUAGAUUAGCAAUUAAAUUUCAUGGACACUUGGUAGAUUUGUCAGGAUGAGCAUGAUUUGAAGAAAGACAUUUAUGCAAUUUAAAUUUUUAUGUUAACCAAGCUAGGGCAGACAUGUUUAAUUGCAGCAUUUUUUACAAGUUAGAGGGCAUUUUAAUUUUAAUUUUUUUUCCCCACUGGUGAGUUCUGUAGCACCUGUUUUCUAGAAGCUUUUUUCUUUAGUGUCUACAUAUACAGUAGUAGCUUAAAAAGCAUGAACAAAAGUUGGAUAAAGAGCAAGUAGAUAUGUACAGUACACAAGACAUUUUAAGAGAUAUUGAAUGAUAUGAAAAAAUGGAUCACAUAAGUAAAAUAUGCACAACUUUCCUGAAGUUGUGUACCAAAAUAAAUGCCAACCAUUAGUUGUACUGUGUGUGUUCCUAUGGACCAAAUUUUUAUAAUAUUUCAAGAGGAACUAGCAGUGCUUUUAAGAGAUUGGUGGCCUCAACACCAAAUUUUAUUUC